UUCUCACUUACUCAUGCAACCGGCGACUGAAAGGUUCUACCACCGUCUCUUUCUUCGUUACCCAGUCUUAGAAAGAAAACAGUUGGAUCUAGUUGAAGGGUUUGACAGCAUACUGCUUUAAACUAGUUUGGUGUUUACCCGAGAGUGGAUAUAACUAGUGUUCGGAUAAAGUUCGUAGGACUUACGUCUUCGGUGCCUGUUAAGCUAUAUAGGCCUCUAUAUAUUUCAGGGUGUUGUGUAAGUUGCCGUAUUUCACCACAUCGGAUCGUUCAGACUGAAGAGUGAAAUAUGGUUCGUAUUGUAGGCUCUCACCAUUUUGCCAACUCUGGUCAAAUUGUACCAGUGAUGUACCCACACCUAAAGAAACACCGCAGAGACCUACGGUUACCUGUCACCCAGCUGGGGUCACGUGGACACUUACUGUCCUGUCAACGGCCAGAUGACAAUUACGACGAUACCGGUGAAAGUUGUAACAUUCCAAACCUGGCAAUCCUGAGUCCUAGGGUCAUUGACCUCCGCGCUGCGGAGACGGCUGUACAGGCGCUGAGAGUCAAGCCCUCAACGUCAGGAGCUGAGAGGUUAGGACCAGGGGUGGAAGAGGAAGAUGUGGAGAUGUAUGAGGAGACGGACUACCCAGACCACCACACCCACAGUGACAAUGAGGGAAUUCGACGGAAUUCGACGGAGGAUUUAGAGCGGAGAUUGACGUGUGACGGGACAGAAAGUGACGCCACAGAGACGCAGCAGACGACGAAUGAUGACCGCCUUGCACGAAAAGCUCGAAGACGACAGAGAAAUAAAUUGUCCGCCAAGGCGUACAGAGACAGGAAACGUUCCAAAGCCCAAGAACAAGAACAGGCCUUGACAAACUUAGAGGCUGAGCGAGCCUGUCUGCUUGAAAGCGUGAGGAAAUUACAGGAGGAGAAAAGCAGAUUCUUACAGUACCUCAAAUCAGAGAUGAACAUUGACAUCACGAAAACAGAAACCGAUGACGUCAGUAUGAACAUGGCUGAAUCUUGACGUUGAUGAAUAUGUGCUAUUUUGUACCAACGAAUCAAGCAAAUACGUCUCGCAAAGGACAAGUCAAGUGCUAUAAGUGUAGUUGGAUGAUCUUAUUUUAUCUCUUGACAAACCAGCUUGCUUAAUUUGAACGUAAAACUUAUGAAAACCAAAGAGCAGUGUUUUGACUGACAUGAGUGUAACGACCUUAUUCUUGAACAUAGAUGUAAAAGUGUACAUGUACAUGUGCAAUCAAGGCAGCAGGGAUUAUUGUGAUGUUAUGUGAAACGUGUUUUGACGUGUGUAAUAGAUCGAGAGGAAUGUUCAAGGAAACUUGUGUUUGCAGAUUGUGAUUAUAUGAUUAAACAAAAUAUAGAGAUUACAUAGCAGGAAUUAUAUAUAUGAUGAAUAAUGACACCGUGAUACUGUGUCUUAUAUUUUUCAAUUAUCGUGUGAUUUUACUCAUAGAUAUGUGAUUAUGCCACAUUACAGAGAAACAUAAGUCAUAUAUCAUUUGAUUUAGAUAUGUUGUAUUGUGAUAAAUGGUUAUACCUCUCUGCACUCGGUUGUGUUAAACUGUUGAAAUGCAACAUUUCAGUAGAGAUAUUUUUGCCAGUAUAGGCCUAUGUCUUCGAUAUUUUGAAAUAUUUAAGUAUUAUAACUGCAUUUCAUUCAUAUCAGCGUCAAUGUUAUUCUGCCGACAUCUUACUAUGAACGCUGUGCACGUAAUGCAAGUAAAUGAUUUUGACUCAAAGUGACCUUGACAAAGUUGCUCUGUGUAAUAUAAAAUGUUUUGAUAAAGUUAGUAUGAACCUUAUGACAGUUUAUAUAUAAUAUUUACAUGUAUUUAUUUGUAUGUCAUUUCAUAUGUUCAUAAGAAUAGAAUCUUAUUUACAAAAUGCA